ACGAGUCAUUACAGAAACACACAGACUUGACAAGAGGCUUCCACGUUUGAGUGCGUCAUAACAUGUUGACUUCGCACAGCGUAGCCUACUUUGCAGGGAGAAGGCAGAAAAACUAUUAGCUACUUAUUGUGCUGGGUGCAGCCUUGUGUUGUAACGAUCUCCUGGGGGUGCUAGGUAACUUACUGUAGCCUACUUUGCCGCAGCAGUCACCGGGCACGGUAUUCGUUCGUCAACCGGCUCUGCAUUGGCGGGAAGCGGAGAAAAUCAAGUCCCCUGUCCCGUGGCCACCGCCCGGAACGACGUGUUGGCUGCGCGUCACCGAAGAUAUGACAAAUUUGUCAGCUUUCGCCACAGAGCGCGGCGGUGAAGUGUGAUGUGUGUGAGACCGUGCUCCAUGGUGUGGGAAUGAGACUCAGAGGGAGGGAUCUAGAAGAUUCAGCGGACUCCUGGAUACCGCACAUUUUGGGUGUGCAGAGCGUCAGACUUCGCCUUCGACUGGAUCGCCGUGACGACAAGGGGAGGGGUUGCUGGCAAUUGGUGGACGUAGAGAAGGAAGCACAGGAGAGCGGGAGAGGACUGAAGAGUCAGGCUGCGGCCCAGCACUCCAGUCUGAUGAGUAUUCCAGCCGUGUCAGCACAGUCAGGGGGUGGGGAGAUGCAGUCGCCAGGGGUGAUAAGCCCCUCCUUUCUCCCGCCCCCCGGCACAAAGGUUCCGGGACGGAAAAGAGGCCGUCCUCCAAUCAGGAAGCUGGAGUUUCAGAGCCGCUACCCAGAACCCCUCCCACCCAUUAAAGUGCCCAAGAAGAGGGGCAGAAAACCAGGCUUCAAGCUGAAGUCUCGUAUGGUGAUGACCCCCAUCUCUCCACCCAGUAGCACCCCAGAGCCUGACAUGAGCUCCAUCCCACAGGAUGCUGCUACCAUUCCACACUCAGCCACGCCACAGAUACUCACAGGACUGUUCAGCAUCAGGCGUCACCAAGCAACAAAUCCAUUCCCCCUGCAGCCAAUGUGUAUCUACGUGAAUAAGCACGUGAACACCGGGCCAAAUCUGGACCGGCAGAAGGUCCUGCAGCUACCGGACCACCUGGGUCCGGCUCGUCCCUCUGUGGUGCUCCAGCAGGCUGUCCAGGGCUGCAUAGACAGCGCAUACCAGCAGAAGACUGUGUUCACCCUGCUGACACAGGGCUAUGGAGGAGAGAAGAUCUCAGCCACCUUUGACGGUAAGCAGCACCUGUUGAGCCUGCCGGUGGUGAACAGUGUGGGGUAUGUGCUGCGCUUCCUGAAGAAGCUCUGCCGUAGCCUCCUCUGCGAGAACCUGUUCAGCGAGCAGCCCAUUCCGCCGUCCUCGUCAGCGUCUUCCUCGCUGUCCUCCUCCUCCUCAUCAUCAUCACUCUCCUUCCACAACGACAAGCUGGCUGAUGGGCAGCCCAAGGCCACGGACUCUCCCAUGCGUGAGGAUUACCACGGCGACGGCCUGGACUCCAGCAAGAGGUACUCGGUGGACCCCAGCGACUCGGCCUUCGGGGCGAUGACGUCGCCAUACCCGCCCAAACCGGCCUACGGGUUCCGAUCUGGCCCCGCCUACUCUGGUGGUGUGUGCCGACAGGCGUCCAGCCCCGGCAGCUUCCAGGAAGGAAACAGAAGUGCCUACAGUCCCGUGCCCGAGGCGUGUGAGUCCAGGCCGCCCCCCAGUAAAGACCCAUCCAGCUGGACAGUGGAGGAGGUGGUGUGGUUCGUCAAAGACGCUGACCCACACGCCCUGGGCCCGCACGCGGAGGUGUUCAGAAAGCACGAGAUUGACGGCGAUGCCCUGCUGCUACUGAAGAGUGAUAUGAUCAUGAAGUACCUGGGCCUGAAGCUAGGGCCUGCUCUCAAGCUCUGUUACCAUAUCGACAAGCUGAAGCAAAACAAGUUCUGACCAAUCACAGAUGUGCAUACACUCACAUACACAGACACACUUUGACAUAGACUGGCACACACAUUUUUUUCAUUUUUUUCACAAGCAUUUUUUCUUUCUGUAAAUGGACUCUGCCUGCACUUUUGCAUAUCCAGCGGUUAAGAUUUGUUUUUGUUUUUUGUUGUUGUUUUUUUACUUUUGUAAUUUGUCAUAUUUUGAUGGGGGUCAUUGUGAAUUGUUGCAUUUGUGCACAGUCCCACACCGCACUUGAACUCAAGCAAGGAGGCAAAAAGUGCUAGGUGCUAGCGUCUGUUGAUAGGCGUGAACGUCUGUGCAUAGGUGCUAGUGUCUGUGGAUAGGUGCUAGCGUCUGUCCAUAGGUGCUAGUGUCUGUCCAUAGGUGCUAGCGUCUGUCGAUAGGCAUGAACGUCUGUGGAUAGGUGCUAGCGUCUGUGGAUAGGUGCUAGCGUCUGUGGAUAGGUGCUAGUGUCUGUCCAUAGGUGCUAGUGUCUGUCCAUAUGUGCUAGCGUCUGUCGAUAGGCAUGAACGUCUGUGGAUAGGUGCUAGCGUCUGUGGAUAGGUGCUAGCGUCUGUGGAUAGCUGCUAGUGUCUGUCCAUACAUGUAGGUACAGAUGCCCGGAAGUGAGCUUCACUCACGACACAGCACUGUACCCCCUCCUGUUAUUCUGGCAGCUUUAUUAGUGUAGCGAAGGAAGUGUGUGUGUGUGUGUGUGUGUGUGUGUGUGUGUGUGUGUGUGUGUGUGUGUGUGUGUGUGUGUGUGUGAGAGUGUGAGAAUGAGAGAGAGAGACUGAAUGUAGUGCAUUGUUUCUCCAACGCCAUUCCCUUUAGAUUUUAUUUUCCUUCAAUGCUGUACUGCCACCCUGUGGCCACCCUUAGGUACUACAGUUCAAUGCUGCACAACACCAUCUCCUGACUGUAUAGUUACACUCAUUCACACACACACAGAUGUAUUCAUAGCUGAAUUCUCUAGCUUCUCUAGUACACUACAAAUAUUUAGGUGAUGCUAUGGCCAGUAGAAGUAGCAUUAAUUAGCUGUAUAUUUUGAUUCUUGGCUGUGUCAUGGAGCUCAUCAUUACCCAUAGGAAUCCCCUCAAGAUCAGAUGUAGUUCUGUUUAGAAACUACCAAACAUGACAACAUAUAUAUGUAUAUAGUAGUGUGUGUGUGUGUGUGUGUGUGUGUGUGUGUGUGCGACGCGUGUGUGCGUGCGUGCGCGUGACAGUUAUUAAUGUGCUAAGCACAUAGUGUUUGUGUAGUGGUCUGGAUUUGGCAUCUGGUUUCAUUUGUUUGAUUAUAUAAGUUUUCCUUAUUUGGAAAGUAUAGCUUGAAAAACAAAAUGGCACAAUUCAAUUUUUUUGAAACCUCUCUCUCUUUCUCACUCACUCACUCACUCACUCACUCACACAUACACACACACACACACACACACACACACACACACACACACACACCUCAUUCAGCUGGGCAACCUUCAGGACAAUCUUGCCUCACCAGCCAUGCUUCUCUUUGUUGCCAUGGAGCGAAGAACACAAAUCCCCAUGCGUGAAAGUUUUUGUUAUUAGAAGAAAUGGCUGAAAUCGGUGUUAUUUUUGCUCCCGUCAGAGGGCAUAACAAAAGGACAGGCUUGGCUAGAAUAGGGAUCACUAGGCCGAUGAAACAAACAAACAAACAGACGCAGCCUUUCUACACACACACAGACUUGUAAAUACCAUAUGACUUUAGAAGCAUAGUAAUGGAAUAACAUGGUUUACCUUUCUCCCUCUUCUGUGUAUGAAGCUUCAGGUUUUUCCUCCACCACAUUGAAUGGCUUUGUUCAUCCUGUCUUACUCAAGCUUGUUAAGUUUGCCUGUUAACAGCAGUGUAGUGUGCUGCCAUGCACUUUUGUCUGAACUGCUAAACUACACACACACACACACACACACACACACACACCCAAACACUGCAAACAGACGCCUGCCAAACGUCUCCAAAAUAAUUUCAGAUCCUUCAGAUAUUGUACAUGGCUGAAUCAGCUCAUUCCGAAUCAGAUCAAAUUGUGAUUUUUCAGUUCAGUUCCUUUUCUAAAAUAUUGAAUUCCCAGUAAACCUCAUAAAAAGGCUAAAACUACCAAACCCUAGAUUGUGAUGCUAUCGUAUGUGGUUCUUGGAGCAUUAGAGUUGAUUUGACGGAGCAGAUUUGUGUGUUGGUCAGAGGAAAUAUAAUCUUCAAGUCCUUAGUUUCACUCCAUUUGUUUGGUACAGUCGACAGCAGUAGUUAGUUUGGUACAGUAGCAACGCUAGCAGUUUUGGCUAAUCUGUUUAGCCUGCUAGCUACCAAUGAAAGCUUUGGAAGAGACACAAGCAACACAGACACACCAGUUCUGCUCAUAUAAUUGUGUUUUUGUUUUUUACUUCUCCCUCAUAGCCCUACAGAUCUGUUGCUUGGAAAUGAAGCAUCAUUUGAAGCGUUGUUUGACAGUAAACAAAAUGUGUCAAUUUCAAGACAUCUCACACCUGAGAUCUCUGUUAAGUUUCUGAGGGCGUAUCCAUAGAAAUAUCAUUGCUUUGUGUGCGCUUCUGUGUGUUUGUCCUGUUUUUUGUUUUGUGAUUUUAGGGACAUUUGUACAUAAAAUAUGAGAAUAUGAAAUAUGCUUUUAUAUAUGAUGAGGAAAUGUGUCAACGCCACAUUGUUUCUGAGAAGCUCGACUUCAUUCGCCAAACUACAACACAGACCAUUCAUGUUGGUGCUAAAAUCUGUGUUUUUGAAAGAAUACGUUGAUCUUUUUUACAUAUAUAUAUAUACUGUAUGUAUACACAAAUAUAUAUGGUUGUGUGUGUUUUUUUAUUUGUAAAGUUUUAUUAGGCUUCAGUGUUGUGAAAUGUGUUUUUUGAGGGUUAGAUGCGUAUGUGCAUCGGUUUGUGAAUGCAGAGUAUUACGCAAAGGCUACAAUAAAGAGAUAAUGACUCA